AACCAAUCCACGAAGUUGCGCGACCAACUUCCAUUGUACUUAAGUAGAUAACUGUCUCUACCCGACAAGGAUUAGCUCCACUGGUCACGGCUUCUCACUAGAACUCCGAGAAUUUUAAUGGUCUACCGUUGGGGAUCAUAUGAUAAAAUCAUUGAUAAAAUUAUACAAAAGUACAACUUUCUGGGUUUUUUUGGCACAAACUCUCAUUAAUUAACUGAAUGAUAGCUUUACCGUCAAUCAAUCAGUCAUGAAUAUUAUGGGACCUGAAAUAUAUAUGUAUUGGUCCAAUUUGCCACACUAUAACCCUACAGCAAAAAAACUAUCAAGGCAUGCUAGAGUAGUAGAAUUAGUAAAAGUAUCAGUGGUAGUAGUUGAAAAGAUUAAAUAAAAACAAUUUGAUUCAAGAAAAAUGAAUGAAUUUUCAGAGUAAAAAGUGUAAGAUAAUUUUAGACUGAAUACCUAAAGGAAGUCAGUGAGUGGAUAUGCGUCAUAAAGGUCAAUUCUGACUCAUAUUACACAACGUCUUUAAUCGCUGCUAACGGUAAUCAUGUGUUCCCCAACCAACUAGUCUGCAUCUACCCACACGGCUCAUAAACAAAUAAAAUGGUUUUGGUUUGGCCGUUCUUACAUUUUCUCCAACUUAUUCCGAUACCAGUCAAUAUUUCCUGUUGAGGUGGGCUGUAGUUGAGAAUGAAUAAACAGUCCAACCUUCUCAGUCGAUGAAGAUUCACUAUCUUAGUUCCCUAUGUCUAACCUCAACAUUACUCACUCGAUGGUCCCAAAAUACGUAAGCAGUGCUUCAAAGACACUCAUGACUAUAUGCUAUUAACUUGUGAUUAUUCUCUGUACUUUUAGAGGCCACGUUUCACAGCCAUAAAGCAGAACAGCAAAUUGCUUUGCAGUAUACUCGUCCUUUAAUUUUACUGCUAUUUGUCGAUGUUAUUAAUGUUUAUUGUAUUAAGUUGACUUUUUUAAAGAAAUUUUUGGUUAUGGGACACAUCAUCUUCUGACAGUAGUAACUCACCAUCACUUGAAGCGGAUCAGUAUUCUGUCUUUAAUUCAACUAUGUUUUCUUCGUGAGUUGAGCCAUAAAAAACCCCCAACUAGAAAAAUGUCAGUUAUAUGUCAAACCUUCCCCACUAUAGAUCAUUCCUUUAUAAUUAGUAAAAGUAAACAUUCCGAUUCCCAUCUACAAACAUCAAUUAAGAAUAAUAAUGAUUGCAGAAACCCAUCAAUUUGUUCGACGGAUACAUUAUCUCAUUUAUCUCAACUUGAUCAAUUAUUACCAAUUAUACAAUAUGUUGUAAUACGCUCUGCAAUUAUGUAUUUAGGUGCUGAAUUGGAUUUUAUUGAACAUUUAGCACCGAAACGUUUAUCACUUCAUGGAUUAUUACCUUAUCUAAUGAAUACAUUACAAGAAUGUUAUGGUCAAAUUCUAAAUGAAGGAAUUGCAAAUAACUGUCUAACUUCUCAAUUUGAACACUACAAAGAAACUAUAGUUUGUCAAGAUUUCUUGGAACCCAAUAAUUUCAAUGAAUAUACAAAUACCUCCAAUUCAGGCGCUUCCGAAAAAUAUCAAUGAAAUGAUAUAACUGGACAAUUAUCUGUGAAAUACUUUCAGCUAAUUCCAAUUCAGAAGAUUGUAGAGCCUGACGUUUUGGUUCAACUGUUUUUGCUACAUUAUAAUAUUUAAACAUUGCUCUAACCCAUAAACAAAUACUAGUGCAUGCUUUACUAACUUUGGC